AUGUCAAGGGAUGAAGUAGAGGGGUGUGCACGGUUUGGUUCGGCUCUAACCGGUGAGUCUCUCCCGGUCACAAAAGGUCCUGGUGACGGUGUCUAUUCCGGUUUGACUUGCAAACAGGGUGAAAUCGAGGCGGUUGUGAUAGCUACCGGGGUCCACACGUUCUUUGGGAAAGCUGCUCAUCUUGUUGAUAGCACAAACCAAGGUGGUCGUUUUCAGAAAGUUUUGACUGCGAUCGGGAAUGUCUGUAUUUAUUCUAUCGCUGUUGGAAUGGUGAUUGAGAUAAUCAUAAUGUUUCCGAUUCAAGAUAGGCAGUAUCGGCCUGGGAUUGAUAAUCUUCUUGUUCUUUUGAUCGGUGGAAUCCCGAUCGCUAUGCCGACCGUUGUUUCCGUCACGAUGGCUAUCGGGUCUCAUCGAUUGGCACGACAGGUGCUUCUUAGUGGUGGUUACAGGUCAUCAAAUACCGCCACAUCAUCAUCAUCUGCUGCAGCUGUUGCCGCUGAUCCUUUUCUUUCUUCUUUGGUUCUUAACUUUCCGGGCUCGGAAACAGAAGAAAUCUCCAAGUCCAAUCCUCAUAUCAUGAACUCCACCUCGCAACACAUAUGGAAAGCGAGGGCAAUUUGGGUUGUGUUUUAUCUCAAACGGCUUCUUUUAUUUGAGCUACAAGCGAACGUUUUGAUCCUUCCUUGA